AUGGAGCUGAGAUUCCUGCUGCUGCUGCUGCUCUGCAUCUCAGGAUUCCUAGCACAAGAGUUUGACGCAGUGGUGAGCAGAGUGGAGGGGCAGAGUCUCAUUGUUGAGUGUCGCUACAAUUACUGGGAUUACAGUGCAACACGGAAAACCUGGUGCAAGCUGAGAGAUGAGAAAUGCUUUACAUUAGUUAGCACCUCUUACACAUCAUAUGGAUACCGCAACAAGGUUACCUCUGGAAGAGCCACAAUAGACGAUGACACCAGCAAUGGGAUUGUAACCAUCACCAUGGAGAAGCUGCAGGUGCAGGACUCUGGAGUGUACUGGUGCGCGCGCUAUAACCCGCCCAGUACAGUGAAUCCACUAAAGACAAUAAAAUUGGAUGUUUCCAAGGAAGUCCAAGAAUACGAUGCUAUUGAGGGGCAGAAUCUCUCUGUCCAGUGUCCAUACAACACACAGGAUUACAAAAAGGAGAAAAAAGCCUGGUGCAGAAGCACAGUUCAGAAUGAGUGUGAUGUCUUGGUCAAUACUGAUUACGGGUUUCUCACAUAUCAAAACAGUGCUGAGAAAGGCAGAGCCAGGAUACAUGAUGACACCCAGAAAGGGAUUGUUACUAUCACCAUGGAGAAACUGCAGGUAGACGAUGCAGGGGUGUACUGGUGUGCACGCUACAAGCCUCCCAGUCUUUACAGAAUAAUUGAAAUUAAACUGGCUGUUGCCAAGGCUACAACUACAAGUGACGUCCCAGUUACCUCAAGCACAGGUCAAACCAGCCUAGUCCUUAGCACCGCUAGUGCUGGGGUCACCCCAGCAGACAGCAGCCUCUUGAGUAAGAGAAACUUCAUCAUCCUCGGCCUGGUCCUGGGAGUCCUCUUCAUCCUGGUGCUUAUAGGCUUGGUGAUAUUGUACACCUGGAAAUCCAAGCAGCUGAAGACAAGAGGUGAUGGACAAGCUGAAGCCAUCUAUGAAGAACCCAGGAACGACACAGUGGGCUUCAGCAACAUGAACGAUACCAAGGACGACAAACAGGAGAUGCCACAAGACCUAAAAUAUGCCACCUUGGCCUUUCAAUCCAGACCCAGUCCCAGGGAAUCUGUCUACGCCAACAUCACGCCAAGUCGAGCUCUGGAGACACCCCACACCGGGUCCCCCACUGACCCUGUGGAAUACGCCAGCAUUUCACUCAAGCCAUUAGCAUCAGGUGCCAAAUCAUGAUCUCGAGAACCCUGAAUAGCUCAGCAGUGGAGCAGAAGAGACUGAGCUGGAACACUGCUGGGAGGGAAGCGUGUGUGCGUGCUAGAGAAGAUGUCUUUGCUAUAUUCAUAUUUAACAUGUAUAUUUAAAGACCUGCCUCAGGUCAGAGGCU